CACUUAAAUAGCACAACAAGCCCAACCCAAGAAACCCUUUUGGCGCUUCUGCUACAUAAUACAAACAAACAAACAAAAUCUCUCAAAGACCAAAAGUUAAACCUUUCUAAUGUCUGGGAAACUCACAUAGAGAGAGAGAGAGGGAGAGGGAGAGAGACAGACAGAGCUGCAAUGGAAGAAGAGGGGGUUGAGGUAGUAUUGGCUAGAGCCAUUGAAUUGAGGUUAAAGAUCAGCAAUUGCAUCCAAAAAGCAAGUACUAAAACCAACAACAGCAAUAUCAAUGGUAAUUCUAUAUCUUUUAAAGAAAACAAAGAAAAAGAGGGUUUUGAAGAGGGCGUGAUUGGGAAAGGGGAGAAUGAAAAAAACCCUAAUUCUCAGUCAAUUACUGGGGGGUCAUUGAAUGAAGCAGAGGAAGAAGACGAAGAGGCUGAAAGGCUUUUGCUUAUCCGUGAUGCACUUGAAUCUCUUGAACACCAGCUCUCUAACUUGCAGGAUUUGCAGCAACAACAACGUUAUGAGAGGGAAGUUGCUCUCAGUGAGAUUGAGCAUAGCCGCAAGAUGUUGUUAGAUAAGCUAAAGGAGUAUAAAGGGGAAGACUUAGAAGUGAUACAGGAAGCUUCUGCAUUUGCUGGUGAAACAGUGGAGCAUAACAAUGAUCUCUUGCUUCCUCCUUAUCCAAGCCGCCUUCCACAGUCCCUAGUUGUAGACAACCGCCAUGCGUUACACUUUCCUUCCACACGCAAGUUUGUGCGGAAUGGUAUAAUCUCUGGUGAAGCAAAGAAGAAUUUGAAUGGAUUAGGGAGCAAUCAGGCGCAGGAUAUGCCCAAAAACUCAAGUAAAGGACUGGGACAUGUCAUUGGUGCAGCAGCUAAGACAGUGAUCACACUCAUCGGUGUGAUAUCUGUGUUAAGCUUGUCUGGUUUUGGACCUAGUCUCGGGAAAAAGAAUACACCUUUUAAAAUUUUGGGCUUCUUUCAGCAACCAGCAACUGAAGAAAAGAGAAGCAUGCGAUGCCCACCUGGGAGAGUUCUAGUUGUGGAAGAUGGUGAAGCUCGAUGCAUCGUGAAAGAGAGGGUUGCAAUUCCUUUUGAAUCAGUGGUUACAAAACCAGAUUUAAGUUAUGGAUGUGGCUAAUUUGGUACCCUGUAGCCUAUCCUUGUUUUUCCUUUCUUAAGUUUUUCUUCUCUCUUUUGGUAGAUCCAAUGAUCCAUUGUCUAUCCUUUGUAUAUCUUGUUUCUUCAUUAUUACGGUGUGAAGAUUUUGAUUUAAUAGUCUACACUAGUUGUUAUAAUAAUAAUAAUUCAAGGUUGGUGCUUGUGUAA